AUGCGCGUGGAACGGUCGCGGGCGCGGGCGUCGGGGUACGCCGCGGGUCUCGACGUCGUCUACGCCUCGCUCGGAGGGCUCGACGGCGCGAAGAGAGGUCUGCGCGUGGUUCUGAUUUACGGUGAGCACGGACGAGAGCUCGUGCCCGUGGACGCGGGAUUGAGAUUUUUGGAUGCGUUGGCGGAUGGGGAGGACGCGGUGGUGGCGCUGGCGCGAGGGAUCGAGGGUGGGGAUGAGAGGCGUCUGCGAGAGACGCUUCGAGCGACGACGUUCGCGAUCGCGCCGAUGGAAAACGAACGCGGACGGGCGAUCGUGGAGGGUGGGAACGCGUGCGAGCGGAAAAAUGGGCGGGGGGUGGAUCCGAAUCGUAACUGGGGGGUCGAUUGGGGGGUGAAGGCGCCGGAUUACGAUCCGAAGGAGGAGUUUCCGGGGACGGAGCCGUUCAGCGAGCCAGAGAGUAGGAUGCUUCGGGAUCUCGUGAAAUCUUUCAGGCCGCACGCGGUGGUGAAUUGGCACAGUGGUAUGUCGGCGAUAUUCAUGCCGUACGAUCACGUCGCGCGCGAGCCCACGGGGCCGGGGGCGGAGGCGAUGAUGCGUUUCGCUCACGUCAUCGACGCCGAGCACUGCGACAAAAAGUGUACCCUCGGGUCGGGAGGAAAGGGCGUGGGGUAUCUGGCGCACGGAACCGCGACUGAUUACAUAUACGAAAAGAUGAAGGUGCCCGUGGUGUACACGUGGGAGAUUUACGGCGAUGUCGACGCUCCGUACGAAGAGUGCUAUCGCGCGUUCAAUCCGCUCACGAAAGAGGCGUACGAACGCGUCGUGAACGACUGGGUAGGCGCUCCGGUCACGCUCGUGUCCAUGCUCGAGACGCAUCCAGACGUGUCUCUCGACAGUUUGAAUCUGGCUGACGAAUUCGACGCACCCGGUGCGCUGUUUAAGUUUUCCACCGCGCUCCUGUUUGCGUUCGUUGGGAUUGUCGUUACGUUGGCGCUUCGGCGCAGACGAGCCAGGCGCGCUUCAUCUUCGAGCCGUCUCGCGCCGCUAAGCGCGGUAUGA